AUGGGAUGCAUUGGUGUUGAUAAAAUCACUGAAUACCUGUGUGAUCCCCUUCAGAGGUGUCUCAAGCAUGAUGAUCUGUAUGUUCACAAGACAGCAGCAAUUUGUGUUGCUAAACUUUAUGACAUAAACGCUGGGCUUCUUGAGGGUAGAGGGUUUCUGGAAGCUCUCAAGGAUUUAAUAUCAGACAACAAUCCAAUGGUUGUAGCAAAUGCUGUUGCAGCUCUUGCAGAGAUUCAAGAGAACAGUAGCAGACCCAUAUUGGAGAUAGCUAGCCACACACUUUCAAAGCUGCUUACUGCUCUAAAUGAAUGCACCGAGUGA